CACACACAAAAACCCAUCUUACUCUCCUCAAUUCCAAGCACUCUAGCUAAGCCUUCUUCACCUUCAUCUAAUGGAAACUUCUCGGCCUCCUCCUCCUCCUCGUGGUCGUUUCCUUGUUCACCCUUCCAAGAGAAACUUAGAACCUCCACCUCGUGGCCGUUUUCUUCCUCUUCCUAGGACGAUUCAACAUCCUCCUAAACCUCUUCCUCUCGAUCCAGACCCUCCCUCGCUUCCUGAUCGUCCUAUUCGUCUUCAACCUAUCGACGAAAAACCUACUCCUUUCGAUGAUCAAAAUGUAGCCGAUCAACCUCCUCCCUCGCCUCCUGAUCCUGUUCUUCUUCUUCAACCUAUCGACCAAAAACCUACUCCUUCCGUCGACGUUCAAGAUACAGUAGCUGAUCCUGUUCCUGUUCCUCCUCCUCAACCUGUCGAUGAAAAAACUACUCCUCCCGACGAUCAGAUUAUAAACGAUCUCUUGCCCAAGUACGAUGCAUUCAUCAGCUUCAGAGGAACCGACGUCCGAAACUUCUUCCUCAGCCACCUCUUCGCUUACAUGAACAACGAAAAACACAUCCUCACCUACAAGGACGACGUGAACCUCAAACGAGGCGACAUAAUCGAGCCAUCCCUCAUCGAGGCGAUCGAGAGAUCCUCGUUGUACGUCGUCAUCUUCUCCCCGAACUACGCGACCUCUCGAUGGUGUCUCGACGAGCUCGUCAAGAUUUUGGAGUGCACGAAAAAGUACGGGCGGAAGAUGAUACCUGUGUUUUACGGUGGAGUGACGCCUUCCCAUGUUAGGAACCAAGAAGCAAGCUACGCGGAUGCAUUUGUUGAACACAAGGCCAAGUUUCCCAGUGACGAGGCCAAGCUCGAAAACUGGAAAGCUGCGCUCAAGGAAGCCGCCGACACUUCUGGGUUUGAUUCCCAAGUCACCACGCCUGAGAGUCAUCUGGUCAAAGAAGUGACUAAACGUGUGCUAGAAGCAAUCAGACCGAAUUCUUCUCCUAUCACAGAAGGAUUGGUCGGUAUCGAGUCGGAGAUUGAAGCAGUUGAUAAAUUACUGGAGACUGAUCCACAACGCAAUCGCGUAAUAGGGUUUUGGGGAAUGCCUGGAAUCGGCAAGACAACCCUAGCCAAUUCUAUCUUCCAAAAAAUCGAUCCAGACGUAUUCGAAGGACGACACUACAUCCCCGAUUUCGCAGUCCAGUCGAAGACCAAGACGGUGAAGGAUCUGCAAAACGAACUAUUCAAGGUGUUGCUGCGGGACGAUAAUCCUCAAGACAUUGCAUUUGGUCACAAGCUCAGUCGCCUCCGUCGUCUGAGGGCGUUCGUCGUCAUCGAUGAUGUGACGAGUGCAAGCAUGCAAGCCCUAGAAGAGCUGCUGGAUUGGAAGUUCUGCAAUCUGUUUGGACCGGGAAGUCGAAUGAUCCUGACGAGCACGAAUCAACAGGUGCUCAUUAAUGCUUGUCAAGAAGUGCACCAAGUCCCGGGCCUCGACGAGGAGAAAGCCCUUCAACUUUUCAGCUUUUACGCCUUCAAGAAGGACCAACCUCCAGAUGAGUACAAGGAGAGGUGUGAAAAAGUUGUAGCUUAUUGUGGUGGAAACCCACUGGCCUUGAGAGUUUUGGGCGUGGCGUUCUACAAGAAGAAACUAGACCUUUGGGAUAUGAAAUUGGAAAAGCUGAGGACACUUCACAAGAAGGACAUUCAGGAUUUGUUGAUGAUUAGCUACAACGAGUUGAGUCGAGACGAGCAGAGUGCAUUCCUCGACAUCGCUUGCUUCUUCAACCAUGAGAGUUAUGAUUUCGUGACGAGAGUGUUGGAUGAAGAUCUGGUCACCAACUUGGCCGACAAGUCUCUUGUCGGGAUUGACUAUUCCAAAGGUAAGAUAGAAAUGCAUGUUUUGCUUGAAGAUUUAGGGCAGGAUAUCGUUGAGGCGGAAACGGAUCCUCAAAAACGAACUAGGUGGUGGGAAGUCAAAGAUACCUUAGAUUUGCUAGCAAAAAACAAGGGAACGGAAGCAACAGAAGGAAUCUGGUUGAAUUUGGAUGAAAACGAGGAGAAGAUAGAAACAGAAUGUUCUGAUACUUUUGCAAAGAUGUGGAAUCUGAGAGUGCUUUCCAUUGAAUUAGCACCAGAAAGCAAAGUAGUUUUCCCUAAUGGCGAAGGUCUCAUCAAUACUCUCCCGCGCAAGCUAACAUAUCUUCGUUGGGACUUGUUUGCUGCCACAUCUUUGCCCUCCAAAUUCUGCCCCGAUAAGCUUCGAGUGCUAAGGCUGAAACACAACACCAUCCGUCAGCUGUGGGACGACGGAGCUAAGACCGAUCUUGGAAAUCUGAGAGAGCUCAAUCUCACAGCAUCCAAAUACCUAACCAAGCUACCGGAUCUCUCAACUGCCAAAAAACUCGAGCUCAUCGAUCUGACCUGCUGCGAGACACUAAUCGAGCUUCAUACAUCAGUCAUCUACCUCCCAAGCCUCAAAACCCUAAUUCUAGAUUCGUGCAAAGCUCUAGACCUCAGUAAAUUGGACGAGGAAGACACACAAGGAACCGUAGCUUUCCCACGUUUGGAGCAAGUAAACUUGGACGCCACGCCAAUCGAAAAAGUCCCUCGAUUGCUCCUACGAGCACCAAACCUCACCAAAAUCGACUGCUCGAGCUGCCCAAACUUGUCGAAAUUCCCAUCCAUCGACGCUCUCGUCAGCAAUACUAGCAUGUCGAUCGAGCAUUUGAUAUUUCGACACAACAAGCUCCUCGUCGAUUUCUCAUUGAAGAUCCACAUGUUGAAUUCUCUCCAGACGCUCGACUUCUAUGGUUGCGAGAAUCUCGGUUCGUUCCCCGAGAUCGCGAUGACCAUGGAAAAACUGCUCGUGCUCGAUCUGAGCUACUGUUCGAAGAUAUCGAGGAUUCCCAACACGAUCCGGAAUCUUGCGAACUUGGAGAGGCUUUGUCUGUCUGGCACGGGGAUCAAGGAGCUUCCUUCGUCCGUCUUGUCGUUGAAGCGCCUGACCGUGUUGAAAUUCGACGAGUGCAAGAAGCUCGUGAAGAUCCCACGGAGCUUUAGGGAGCUGAGUCAUUUGGAAACGAUGGCGUUUACAGGUUGCGACGCGCUGAGCAAUGAGGAGCUGUUGCUUCCCGAUCGAGUCCAUGUUUUAUAAGAAUGAAUCGAGAGGCGUCCUUUUGCGACUGUAAAAAUUGGUGGCUAUCUCAACUUUUGGUUGUGUAUGUAUAUAGUAUUAGCUACUAAUUAAAUAUGUUCCUGUUAUUGGUUACUGGUCUUCGAACCUUCGACGUGUCUUGCAUGCAUGGAGAUAGGUACGUAGUUCUCAACCUUCCAUCAAUCUACGUGUGAAAUCAGUGCAACUUGAUGUUGGAAGGCAAGUUCGAACCCUGCUCGAAAGGAAGAUGGCGCCAAGAAGAAGAGUUUAGAUUUUGUUUAAGUGUCGUAGUUUAAAACUACGUCGUUUGGUUAUUUGCUCUAUUUGCUCGUAUAAAUAUUCUUCAUAUUGUAAGAAAAUUAUAU